GUCGACUGACCUUGGCGUGGCUUUCAACAAGGCCCAUCUUUGUAGUGCUUAGCUAAUCAUCUCCAAGGCCAUAGCAAGAAGGUCCAAAAACCGCGAUCUCAGAAACUCAGAGUGGGGUUCCGUUUUUGUCAUCGAGUAGUCAAUGACUGGGACGCCUUACUCGAACAAGUGGUAUAAGCACCAUCAGCGAACGUUUUCAAGGAGGAGCUGAACCUUCACUAAAAUACAAGCUGCAAGGGUUAACACAGGUCUACCGACCUACUAUCCUGAUUAGUGAAGACUGAAUCGACUUAAUUCGUUCUACAAUCUUCUCGUAAAUAUUUGUCGAUAUUUGUAGUGUAUUUUUCAGAAUCAGACGGCCAUCAUGUGGAGCCGAGCCGAAAGACAUAAAUGGAUGUGCCUUCUUUUUAUUGGUGCAGUUGGCCUCUAUGCUUCUAGGGCAGUAAUGCCGAUUGCUUCCGUUGCUAUUGCCUCGGAAUUGAAUUGGAAUCGUAAGGAAAUGGGUUUCAUGAUGGGCAUCUUCUUUUGGGGCUACGCUUUUACACAGUACCUGGGGGGUUAUCUAAGUGAUGUGUUUGGUGGAGAAAUUGUAAUUGCAAUCAGUUCUCUUGGUUGGUCUAUACUAACCGUUUGCUUUAUAUGGCUCCCAAGCAUCGACCUGGGCUCAAAUGAUAUAUAUGGGCUUUUCAUAAUUACUCGCUUUUUACUAGGGAUAUUUCAAGGAUUUUACUAUCCGAGUUUAGCAAGUUUAAUGGCCAAUCGUGUUCAAGUUUCCAAUCGAAAUAUCACUUUUGCUGUAAUAACUGCUGGUACACAUUUGGGAACAAUCUUAUGUGGUUCACUGGGUUCUUACUUAGCUGAAAAUGAUGGCUGGCGUACACCGUUUUUCUGGAUCGGAAUAUCAUUUUUUGCAUGGUCUUUCAUUGUCUAUUUAGUCGUUACCCGUGAAACUAAGAGACUACGUAGAUUGCAUUUAAUAUUACCUAGAAUAUUAACAAAUUCAUAUUUGAUUAACAAGAAUGUAACAAUAAGUCGGGAAACGAAGUCAGAAAAUUGUAUUAAAAUAUUAGAUGUGGAAGAAAAACUGAUGCCGUCAGAAUCAACAUAUGUGUACAUAGAUUCAAAAAGUAUCGAUAAUGAUUCCGUAUCCAGUGUGCCUUUACGACAUUUAAACUGGUCUCUUCUUUUCAGACACAAACCAUUUUGGGUUAUGCUUUUGGCUAAUUUUGUUCAUAAUAAUACAUUUUAUAUUAUCCUCAACUGGUGUCCUUCUUAUUUCCACGACAAUUAUCCCGAUGCAAGAAGUUGGGUUUUCAAUAUGGUUCCAUGGCUAAUUAUAUUCCCAUCUGUUUUAUUAGCCGGUGCCUUAGCUGAUCACUGGAUGAAAACUGGUGUAUCUGUAACAGUAGUGAGGAAAAUAAUUACCACAGUUGUUCUUUUGGGUUCAUCUUUAUUUCUUAUCAUCUUAUCAUCUCUCGAUAAUUAUUAUGGGUCACUAAUUUGUAUGGCUUUUGCAUUAGCCUGUUUAGGCUUUCAUUGCAGUGGUGUACUGUUAAAUCCUCAAGACAUGGCUCCCAAUCAUGGUGGUCAGUUGUACGGAAUUAUGGCUACCGUUGGUACAUUUCCAGGAUUUGCAGGUGUCUAUAUGGUUGGUUAUAUAUUAGAAACUACAAACCAAUGGUCUGUGAUCUUUAUAAUGACUGCUUUCGUUAGUAUUGUGGGUUGGGUUGGAUACAUGUUGUAUGGAUCAUCAGAAAUUCUCUUUUAAGUCAUAAUUUUCUUGAAAUAUCAAUAUUUAAUUUUCUUUAGAAUACAGACAAUAGUGAUUUUGAAUUGUUACUUUUAUUCUUACAUCAUAUUUACAUAUCAAAUGUGUACAAAUGAACAAACUGAAAGUGAGGUAAUAACCUACGUAUCUUAGAUAUUUUCAAUAGUUUGUGUAUAUUACAUGUUUAUAUUGGUUUGGUUACUUAGAUUUUGUGGAAUAGUUAGAACAAAGAAACGCUCAUGCAUUUUUUUGUGUAUGUUACUUUUUCUUAGUAAGACAUUCCUACACAUCAUCUGGUGAAUUGCUUCAAUUUCGAUGAUCCGCAUAAAUUGAAAACUCUUGCCUUUUUAAAAAAUGUUAAUAUGAACUUCGUGCCUGAUUCGUUUAUGUGAUACACUAUAUUUUUGUAACUGAUUUGGUUUCGUUUUGCUGUAUAUUAUUGUCUAUGUUGACUAAUUUUAACUAUAAAGAUCAUUUGAAAACAAUAUCUUGUUUUUAUAGUUUGUUUAAUAAAGAUCAACGUAAGAAUCUUUGCAAUCGUGAAAUUUAAUGAUUAGUCUAAAGUCGAUGAUUCUUGUUAAUUCUCCUAAUGAAUUGUUAAGAUUUAUCUUGAAUAAAUUUCAUUUUUUUGAUAAUCAUUUGUGUGGUAUCUGUUCAUUAAAUCUUAAUUGUUAUUUGAAAUUUCAUAAUAUAAUUGAUGCAAAUAUUUACAAGGUAAUUUCCAUCUUAAUUAGUAAUAAGGUUUGUGGUGACAGCAGAACUCUAUGUAUAUUAGCGUUACCUAUUGAAUUUUCGUAAAUAAAUCUUUUUCGUUAAUCCUUUAACCAUUAUAUUUUUACAGUAGGUUGUUACUGUAUGUGCGACUUCAGUGGAUCGAUUUUCUAUUUUCUAAUAUUUUCUAAUAAGCUUCUGUCAUUGUAGUGUUUUGAAAAGUAUACUUUAAUAGAUUUGUACCGUGUAAAUGUAACAUCAUAACCUUUUGAAUAGGUUUUAAGUACUCUCUAUUUUGUCUGUUUUAUCGCACAUUUUGAAUCCUUAUACAAAUUUUGUUUAAGAUGUAGCAAUUAAUUUCUGUCACAUUAUCUUUACCAUUGUUACAUAUUUCAUAACACUGUUUGUUUGUUUGCUUGACCUAUCCUUUUAUGUUGAAUGUGAAGUGAAAGGUAAUUUGUUUUAUUUAUUAUGACCACUUGAGUUUAGUGUGUAUUAAUUGGUGAAUUGUAGCGUUCUUUGGAAGCACCUGUUCACUUUUUACAUACCUCGUAAAUGCUUUGUUAUCAUAUUUUUACAUUAUUUUCAGGCAUACAUGCCUAAUAUUACACAUUGCUACAUAUUACUAAAUACAUGUAAGAUUACCCAGAAGUAAGGUUAAUUUUCGAUAUCCGUUAGAAAAUUUUUCAAAUACUGUUCGUUAUAAUUAAGCAUCUAGACUGUGUUUCUUUACUUUUGUUUUGACAUAUUAAGUUUACUUUUAGUUAUCUAUACCAUUUAUGUAGUGGCGAACGUAACGUGUUUUGUAAUUUGAUCUUUAUAGUACCUAUUUUACAUUUCGAAAUAUUUUAUCCGUCUAUUUAUGUCGCCAACACUAUUGAUAUAAUCUCCAACUGUUUUAUUUGUGGAAAACUAAGUAAUUUGACUACUUGUAAUGAAACCUGCGUUUUUGAAUAAAUGACUUCUAGUUGUGUUCA